ACUUCAUUCAGUUUCUGACCGUCGAAGGCAGCGGUCGCGUCGUGGUCUUCAGAUUCAAUCGUGAGAGAAAUGCAAAUACCAGAAAUUCAAUAUUGAACGCGAGCCGAGAGAAAAGAAAAGUGUGAGACGUGUUUGGAAAAUCGAAUCGAAUUUCGUACGGCACCGUCAACGGAAAUCGCAACAACGGUAAUUGGUGUGUGUGUGAGCUCUGCCUCUUUCAUUUCCCGCGAGUGCCUGGUGAACUUUAUUGGUUUUUUUGAAAACAACCAACUAAUUGUGGAAUACUUUGGGCCAACUGCAGCCAAGGAUAUCAGCGGUUCAGCCACUUUGCGGCCAAUCGAAAUGGGAGGCAGUAGCAACUCAAGGUUGCUGCUGGCACUUGUGUUGCUACUGGUCACAGCGGCAACAUCCAGCGGUGAGUCCACCACGGAGGUUCCCUCGGCCCUGCUGCCAUUGGAGGCCCGAAGUGCCGAUAUUUCCGGAGAGGAGGAUGUAAUUUCCACCAGCUACGUGCUGCCCAAUCAGAUCUUCAACGAGGGAAAGCCCUACUAUCCCCGCCAGGAUCCUGUCUCUGGUCAGCUGGACUUCAGUGCCAAGAAACCGGCGGGAAUUCAGCCGGAGGCCAAUGAGGUGGUAGAUCCCAACGAGAAGAUUGUGCUGAGCGGAGGCAGUUCUCCCAACAUCCAUGACUUCUUGAACCUGCCCGUGAAGUACUCGUCGUCGAAGUUUGUUUACCCACUGGUCUCCAGCUCGUAUGCCAAUUUGAAGUACCAGGGCAGCAACAAGAACUACAUCACCAACAAGAAACCCACUUCGGUGGUGGCUCCAGUCACCCCACCACCGCCAAACUACCACAGUUCGAACUUUUUCACAGUGCCAACUACUAGAUUAACUGCUGUGACACCGACGGCAGGUGCUUACUAUCCCAGUAGUCCCACUACCACUAGCACCACCUCCACAUCCACAUCCACAACCACUACAACAACGACUACUACCCGGGGAACCUUGCCACCUUCGAGGAGACCAGUUAGCACCACCACCACUACGACGGAAGCAACCAGUCCGGCGGUUAAGUAUACGACCACUUCCCGACGACCCAUUCCAGUGUUGACGGUUUCUACGACUCCGCAACCACCGCGCACCAGCACCACCCGUAAGAAGUUUGUGCCCAACAAGAAGUACACUCCUACAGUGCCCAGCACCAGUGGAAGGCCAACAAUCAGCCAGGAGGAGCAGCGUCCAGUGAAGGCAUCACCGAAACCAACGCCCAGCAGCAUCGAUGUGGCCAUGACCACGCACCAUGCCACUCCGCAGGCGGCCAUCUUCCCAACGGAACCAGCCACCACCACCAAGAUGUACACCACCUCGAGCACCAGUCCACCAGUGGUGUUCACCGAGGGACCCACGCCACCACCCGCCUUCAGUCCCAUUCCGGGAACUGGUAUUCCCAACCUAGAUCCAGCCGAUGUUUACCACACGCUGGGACAGAAGAACACCCAAGCCGAAGAGCAGCAGCAGCAGCAGCUGGAGAAGCAGCAGCUAAUGCAGCAGCAGCAACAGGUGCAGCACCAGCAAUAUCAGGAGCAGCAGCAGCAACAGCUAUAUCAACAGCAACAGUAUCAGCUGCAAUUGGAGAAGCAGCAACUGGAAAAGCAAAAGCAUCCAUACCAGCAGCAACUGGAAAAGCAUCAGCAGCAGCAACAACAUCAGCAGCAACAACAUCAGCAGCAGCUACAUCAACAGCAGCAACAACAGCAACAGCAGCAACAACAGCAACAACAUCAGCAGCAGCUUCAGCAACAGCAACAUCAGCAACAGCAACAUCAGCUUCAACCGCCAACUCAGCAACAACAACCUUCAAAGCCUCCAAUGACCCUCAGCGAUAUUUUCAACAGCCUGGCUGAAGAGGAAUCAAAUGUGGCACAGAACUACCAGCAGAAUCAGGGAUUUGAUGCCCAGGGUAAUCUCAUUCAACCCAUUGCACCCUCAAAGCCAUCGCCUUUCGCCAUGCAACAACCAGGAUCACAACAACCAGGAUCCCAACAACCUGGAUCCCAACAACCAGGAUCCCAACAACCAGGCUCACAACAACAACAGCGACCCCAUCCAAAUGAUCAGAAGGUGAUCUCCGGCAGCCAGGAGAAUUACAGCAAUGAGUACGUGUCCUACCAAGUGCAGCAACCAAAUAUGAUGCAAUACCGACCAGUUCCGGGCCAAAUCAACAACGUGGUCAUUUCACCUGGUCAGCAAUCGGCUUCCUUUGUUCUUGGCAGCCAAGUGCAGCAGGUGAGCGUAGGACAUCCAAGUGUGGAGAAGGAAACAUUGUUCGCUAAGGAGCAGCCAGGAGUGCAAUAUGGUCAGGUGAUCAACGAGGACAUUGGCAACAUCAAGCGACCUGCCAAGGAACCGGCAAUGCCACCAAAUUACCAACAGAUGCCGAGCCUCCAGCAGAACUCCAACUUCCAUCAGAACGGAAAUGUGCCUGCAUCGGGAGCUCCAGGAACGGUUUCAUACCAAGAACCGCCUCCAGAGGCACCGAGUCCCUUCCAGCAGUUGCCUAUGAUUGGAUCCAACAAGCGUCCAUCAAAGAAACCAGUUGCCAAGCCAGAACAGCCUCCUCAUGCCUUCCCACCACCACAAACUUCGACGCCUCUUCAGACACAACCAACUCCUUCAUCUGUGAAGCAGGGUGAUGACACCAAGGAGCUCCUGGUCUCCACCAACAUUCGGUUCCCUGCUCAGAACGAAGAGUCGCUGGAACUUUCCUCCUCUGCCGUGAUGCCAGGCCCUCCAGCGGGUCCACACAUCAAUGGUCACGCCCAGCCUCUUAGCCUGCAGCAAAUCCAGAACUCCAAUCCCGUUGUCUUUCCCAAGCCCCAGGACGAAGUGGCUCCUGGCAGUGGCAAUGUGCAGAUCCAGCAGCACGAAGUGCUCAACCUGAGUCAGCAGAAACCACCAUUGAAAUUCCCUGCCCAGCAGCCUGGACUUGGCGAGCAGCCUUCGUUGGAUAUGGAACCACCUCCGCGGUAUCCCACCACAUUGCCAGUGCCCCAGGCACCACCCACUCCUGGCAAGCGACCACAUGGACCACCUCCACCACCAAACUUCUAUAACGAGUUCAAUAGAAAGCCACAAAACGGACCGAGGCCCAGUAACCUGCCCAAUAUUUUGCCACAGUUCCGUCCGAAUGCCAAAAUCUCGAGCGGACAUCCUCCUGCUUUGAAGCAGGAACCUGGAAACAUUCGUCUGCCUCAGCAAGGUGGUCCCAAGCGUCCCUAUAAUCCCUCAGUGCCACCACAGUUUGCCCACCGCCGCCAGCCGUUGCAUCAACAGCAAUUGCAACAGCAGAUGUUGCAGAAGCGCUAUCCCAUGAAUCGCAUCUCCGAGUACCCAGUGGGUCCGAGUCCGGGAGGAGAAGUGAACAGGAGGGUUUACAGGCUGCCCCCGUACGGUGGACAGAAUAUGCCCUACCUGCCCGACCACAUGUAUCCCCGUCGUCCCCAUGGUCCCGCUCCAUUGAGAUCUGUUGAUGGUUAUCCCGCUGAGAGACACGCUCCUUCUGCUGAACCCUUCAAGACCAUCGAUGCCGAGGCGGCAGCUGAUUUCGAGGAGGAGGAUCUGGUGAUCAACGACCCACCACAGCCAGUAACCCCCGGCAAGGAUCGCAAGGGAGUGGAGGAGACCAAACUGGAACCAGUUGUCACCCUUCAAAUGCUGCAGUCCCAGAAAAAGGCUGUUAGCUUGCCCGGCGAUGAUACGGGAGCGGGAGAAAUUCAGGUGACGGCCGACAACGAUCCUCAGGAGGCUGAGGCUUCCAAGCUAACCCAACAGAAGCUGGAUCCCAGCGGAAUGUACGUGGUCUUCCCGAUGAAGGGCGCCGAGAAGGCUCAGGCCGAGGGAGAGGCUCCCUCAGCUCCUGCUGAGUAUCAGAACACUCCCUUCUCCGUCAUCCGCGAUCAGCCACAGGAACCGAUACUGAAGAACAAGAAAUCUCAGUCGCUGCAGCAGCAAAACAAAGUGCAGCCAAAGGAUAAGUUCCCCUAUCCCAUCGAGAAGCCGGAUCCAUCCUAUUCUGAGCUCCAUCCCGAAUCGCAUUCCGCUGUUCCGGGAGUUCUCGUUGCUCCAAGGAUCAUCACUGGGGCUAUGGGAACCGGCACUGAGACCCCCAUUGCCAUUGCCUAUACUCCAACGGAGCCGAAUCCAUUCCGUCAUGAACAAGCUGGGCAGAAGUUCUCCAACAUUAAUCUAGCCACUUCGGUGAUCAACGAAAUCCGACAGGACACCCAAACAGAGGAGGGUCUUAGCAGCGAUUUCGAUCUGCGCGGUCAGAACUUCGAGAAGGACUUCAUGGCGCCCUUCUAUCCAAGUGUGAGUCUCGGCGGAGCCAGUGGAGCAGCAGCAGUCAACCCCGCAGCGCCGAGUAACUGGAACAUUGUGCCUUCCACUACGGAUCAGGCGCUCUAUGAGAAGAACAACAUAAACCGUGCUGAUGUGGACCGAUCAGAGGAAAAGAAACCGGAGGAGGAGCAGCCCACGGCCAGUCCGCUGACAGCGGAGAAGCCCUCGGAGAUGGACAGCUUCCAGCCACAGCUGCAGGGUGGCUUCAAGCCCAUUUACCCGCCGGGCUACAAGCACGUGGAGCAGGUGGAACAGGAGGAAAUCGCAGGGGCCAAGAAUGCAGCCCAAGAUCAGCCAAUCGCUUUGGCACUCGUGGGCACCACAGCAAAGCCACUGACAUCAUCCUCUUCGACCAGUAGCAGCAGCAGUUCCACCUCCACAUCCUCCACAAGUACCUCCACCACCUCGACGACUCACCAGCCUGGAGUAACCAAGUCGGAUGGCAUUGUAUCCACCACCAAGGCGCCGGGGGUCAGUCCAAAGCCCACGCAGCGGAAGAAGUCCACCUUCGAGACGAGUCUGGCGGCUCUGCUCUUCGGGGACGACGAGGAGGAUGGAGCACGCAAGUCGGCGGAGCAGCCAAAGGCCCAAGCGGGACCCAGGAAUGUGCCACGCAUGGGUCCCCGGAGUCUGACGUUGAGUUAAGCGGGAGAGGGCUUACCCUCCUCCAAAAAUCUAGUGUAGUCCAAUUUUAGUUCGUAUUAUUUAUUCAAAGUUUAUUGAGACAGCCGGGAGAAGCCGCGCUUAGAGGUAGACCAUGUGGUAAUCUAGUUCUGUUCUACAGCUUAUAGUUAGUAAGCUCACCAUCCAGAUAUAUAGACCGACGCCUCCAACAAACAACACCACCAUAAUCCCACGAUCCCAGCGACUUUUGCGAGUCUGAUUUGAAAUACGAAUGUUGAGAACUUUCUCAUUGGACUCCCGAAUCGUCGAAAAUGAGAUAAACGCUUUUGUAUUCAAUUUAACACAAAACCUUAAAUAGUACUCACAUUUUACAAUAUUACUGUACCAUAGAAAACCAUUUAAAAUAAACAUAAUUCUGAUAAAAUAA